UUUUUUUCUUUUUUCUUUUCUUUUUUUUUGAAAGAUAAAGCUUCUUUUUUUCCCUCUAUUACCUUUUUUUUUUUUAUUGAACACCACUUAAACUAUGGACCCUAUUCGAGCAAUGCGAAAACAAGUUUGUAAAGAACUUCAAGGUUCUGUCACUAUCAUUGGUAAGUUCGAGUGAAUUUAAAAAGAAAAAAAGAAAGAAUUGAAACUUAUCGCUUUUAUUUUGACAUGACAAAGUACUUGGAGCCUCUGGCGACCUUGCAAAGAAAAAGACAUAUCCUGCCUUGUUUCGACUUUAUCGCAAUGGUUUCCUUCCUGAAAACACAUUUAUUGUAGGUUAUGCUCGGUCGAAAAUGACUCAUGAAGAGUACCUGGACAGAGUCACUCAUUAUAUUAAGUUGGAACGCGAAGACGAUCAAGCAUUGUUGACCAAGUUCAAGACACUUCUUCAUUAUCAGGCUGGUAGUUAUGACCAAGAUGAAGCAUAUCAAUCAUUGGACAAGUUUAUCAAGGAGAACGCAGAAAGUACCAUGUCACCUGGUCAACGCAACCGUGUGUUCUAUAUGGCUUUACCUCCUUCAGUAUUUGUUCCUGUGGCUCGUGGGUUGAGACGUAAUGCUUAUGCUACAGAUGGUGUCAAUCGUAUUGUUGUGGAAAAACCUUUUGGCAAGGAUUUGGCUUCUUCUACUGCGUUAGCCAAGGAUUUGGCUCAAUUGUUUGCUGAAAAAGAAAUCUUCCGUAUUGAUCAUUAUCUUGGCAAAGAAAUGGUAAAAAACAUGAUGACAGUUCGAUUCGCCAAUAUCUUUUUCUCACAUAUCUGGAAUCGGAUGUAUAUUGACAAUGUACAAAUCACAUUCAAAGAACCUUUUGGAACGGAAGGACGUGGUGGCUACUUUGAUGAAUUUGGUAUUAUUCGUGAUGUGAUGCAAAAUCAUUUAUUACAGAUCUUAUCCUUGAUUGCUAUGGAACGACCCAUCUCGACUGAUGCAGAGGCUAUUCGUGAUGAAAAGGUCAAGGUACUCAAGUGCAUCCCUACUAUUGAUGUACGUGAUACACUGUUGGGACAAUAUACAAGGAAUGGCGACAAACCUGGAUAUUUGGAGGACACAACUUUGACCAAUAAGGACAGCUUGACACCGACUUUUGCAGCACUUGUACUCUGGAUUCAAAACGAACGAUGGGAAGGUGUACCAUUUAUUCUCAAGGCAGGUAAAGCUUUGGAUGCAGCCAAGGUAGAGGUGCGUAUUCAGUUUCGCCAUGUGGCUGGUAAUCUAUACAAGAACGCUGCUCGCAAUGAACUAGUGAUCCGUGUCCAACCUGAUGAAGCAGUCUACAUGAAAUUCAAUAACAAACUCCCAGGACUUUCUUAUCAAACCAGUCAAACCGAUUUGGAUCUUACCUAUGGCAACCGCUAUGUCGAUCUAUCUAUCCCUGAUGCCUAUGAAUCUCUGCUAUUGGAUGUCUUGAGGAACGAUCAUUCGAACUUUGUGCGUGAUGAUGAACUAGAUGCGGCCUGGCGGAUCUUUACUCCUCUACUUCACAAGAUUGAUCAACAUGAUGCCGAUAUCAAGAUCGCUACUUACAAGUAUGGUUCCAGAGGUCCGGAUGCUCUCGAUGGUUUUGUUAAGCAUUAUGGUUAUGAUCGCUCUCAUGCGCAUUAUGAUUGGCCCGUCCAAAGUGUUUUACCCAAAACGGACUAGAUCAUUUAUUAUUAUUAUUUUUUUAUCCACCCUGGUAUAGAUAAGAUUUAGUUAGUAUGCUUUGAUUGGUUCCUUUUUUUUUUUUUUUUUGGUAUGC